CUUUAGCGACUUGACUCAUAGAACUUAUUUUGACGAGAAUAAAAUUUUCUAACAAAUUUCCAUUAGCAUUUUUAAUGUACUUUCAUUGGUUUACGUUCUGCAAGCCAAUAAAGGUCUAUUUUAUAGGAAAAAUAACUUCCGCAACCGACACAAGUAAAACAGCUGGAAUCACAGCUGAGUAACUAUGGGCACUUUUGAAGAACGCCAAAUGCCCUACAAUUUGCGACCAAAACCGCGUCGAUAUCAUAAAACGCAGCUGAGUAUUAGAAAGUUAAAAAAAAAGUAAUUUAAUUUACGUGUAUUUUAAAUGGGAAAUCUUUAAAAUCAAAUAGAAUGUACUUAGGAUUGGAAUCAAAAGCUCAAACUUGGCAGGAAUUUUAGUUUCAGCAUAAAAAACAAUAUUUUGCUUGAUGAGCAACAAAAAAAAUACUUUUGCCGGAAACGAAGCACCCUACUGUACAUAUUGUUAAGAAGUAAUCCCUCGCAGAUUUGAAUCACGGUGGAAACACCGUGGAAGUUUAAAAACCGUGGAUCCACCGUGGUCACACGGUGGGUUUGUUCCAUUUUACCACCGCGUAAUCACAGUGGUAAAAUGGAACAAACCCACCGUGUUUCCACCGUGAUUCAAAUCUGCGAGGAAAUCACAAUAAUUAUGAAUAAUUAUACGAGUUGAAAAUUUUUAUUUUAAUUAAAAUUUACAUUAAUGUUACACUAGUGUAAUCCUAUUCUUGCAAAUCCAUGUUGUGACGAAACAGAUGAAUGCAAGAUGGUUGGAUUUAAAAACAACCAAAAUAUAUAUGCGUGUUCAAAAUCAGAAAAAUUAGAAACGCAUUGUGAAAGUAGUUUAGAUUGCAUGGGAAUAGUCUUCGCGAACUGUAACACCAAUAAAAAAUGUGAAUGUUUACUCAAUUAUUCAGUAGUAAAUGGAACUGAAUGUUUUCCGCUGUUAGGUGGUAAAUGUUGGAGGAAUGAUGAAUGUUUGGUCAAUAAUUCUGUUUGUAUCGAUGAACAAUGCGUAUGUAAACCUGGAUUUAUAUCAAAAUUUAAUGAUCAAUGUAUACGCAGCCAAUUAGGGCGAUAUUGUGAAAACGACCAUAUGUGUAAUGACAUAAUGCAUGCUCAAUGCUCUGAAAAUAUGUGUACAUGUAGAUCGCAACAUAGUGUAAAAAAUUCAGCAAAAUGUUUAUCGCAUUUAGGCGGAUAUUGUAAAAAUUCUAAAGAAUGUGCCCCCGAAAAUUCUAUUUGUAUUGAUAAUAAAUGUCAAUGUAAUAAUGAAUAUAUAUCUAAGACUAAUGAGCAAUGUGUACCAACACCAUUGGGAAAAGCUUGUCAGAAUAAUGACAAUUGUAACGAAAUAUCUUUUACCGAGUGUUUAGAUAAUAAAUGUGUUUGCAAAAAAAAUUACCUUGUAGUAAAUAACACCAGAUGUUCGCCACUUUUGGAAGAAAUUUGUAACGAUGAUGAAUCAUGCGCAGUCGAUAAUUCUGCUUGUAUUAAUAAUAAAUGUCAAUGCAAUACUCAUUUCGUAGCUGAAUACAACGACAAAUGUGUACCUCGACGAUCCUGCUCCAAUGAUUAUGAGUGUGGAGAUAUAUGGCAUUCAGAAUGUUCGGAUCGUAGAAGAUGUGUUUGCAAAAAAAAUCAUAUUGUUGUAGAUAAUUCAAGAUGUCUACCAUUAUUAGGUGGAUUAUGUUUUCCUGGAGACCAUUGCGCACCAGAUAAUUCUGUUUGUAUUCAUAAUUCGUGUCAAUGUAAUUCUAACUACAGAGUCAAAUCCAACAAUCAAUGCAUACCAAUACAAUUGGGACAGUCAUGUAAAUCCAAUCGCGAUUGUGAAGAAAAAUUGCAUGCUGUAUGUUCUAUAGAUAAAAUAUGUGUAUGUAGAGAAAAUAAUGUUUUUCUCAAUAAUUCUACAUGUGCACCAAUAUUAGGUGGAUAUUGUGAUGCCAGUAAUCUCUGUGUACCUGAUAAUUCUGUUUGUAUUAAUGAUAAAUGUCAAUGCAAAAAAGACUUUACAUCGAUAUCUAAUUAUCAGUGUCUUCCACGUAAGUAUAUUUGAUAAAAAAGUAUAUGUAUUACUGUGUAUUCUUUGUUAAUUAUUAAAUUUUAUUAUCAUUUUUCUAGUGUGGGAUUAAUGUGAUUGGUUUUUCUGUGUUGUAAACACCCUUGCAGAUAAUGAAAGAUUUGAUGACAAUUAAAAAAUAAUAAAUAAAACAAAUUAAUAUUUUGUAACUAUAAAUUACAAAUAAAAUAAAAAUAUAGAAUCAGAAAAUUAAUUAAACAAAAAUACUUGAAUUUUUUAAUGAUUUUAAUAACUUUUUUUGAAGUUAUUGUUUUCAUCCCGAUUUUCGAAAAUCGAGUUGUCAUCAGAAGUCGACGUUUUGAGGUCCUAGGAAGCUAUUCUGACGCUUUUCACCAUGAUGCUCGCGCGUGUGUGUGUGUGCCUGAACGCACUAUAGCUUUUAAACUAAUUAAAUGAUUUGAAUGGUUCUUGCGGCAAUCAAAAGAUCUUGUUAGCCAUCAAUUUUCCUGUGAAUUUCAGAUCAGUCAAU